AUGAAUAUCUCCAUCAAGGACAGCCUAGAACACGUUUGCAGAGUGUUCAAUUUUUUUGGUAUAGAUUACAUAACGCCUGAUUUGUUAAGAAGAGGCAAGUGUGAGAAAAAUGGGAAGAGGAAAAAGAAGGUGAUGAUUUACUACAACUUCCUCAUUAAUGAUUUGUCCCUACUGUACUGCUUCGACUUUAAGAGGAAGUUCAAACCGACCUACGGCGCGUACGUAGAGAAGGAGAUUUCAAGGGUGGAGCGGGAAAUAUUGUCCAGGGGGAAGGAUGCUAAGGGGUGUAGUACACCUGGCACAACCCCCUCAGGAGCAAACCGUUCACGUGGCACUUGCGAUGUGGGAGAUACUCCCUGGGGAGAAGAAUGCACCUACAGUCGUAGUGAUGCAGAAGAAACGGAUGAUGAGGAUGGAGACAACUUGGUGGAGGAACUAGGAAUGGAUAAUGCUCCUUAUGUAGACAACGUCAAUAUAGUGUCCCCCAUGGCUGUACUUCUUCUUGAGCAUUUUGAGUACCCGAGGUUGUUUCACCUUCUCAAGUGUCAUUUCCAAAUGUGUAAGGAGCUACUCCUAUGCAUUGGAUUCCUAAUUGACUGCACCCAAUUAUUUGUUCAUUUUGAUAAGAGGCAGCCAUUUUAUGAGUCCUUCUUUCGCGACCUCAGAAGAUGUGAUGGCAACCCAGGUGGGGGUAGUAGAAGUACCUCUACCAAAGAGAGAACAAACCGGAUGCACGAAAAAACGCUAGAGAAGACUAACAAAGAAGAGGAAGAAAAAGAGGAAGAUUAUUUUCACGUAAUAAAUGAAGCCAUGCUGCUGCUUUCAAACCGACCUUACGAUUUGGAACUUUUUCAAUAUAGACACAUGUACCAGUUUUUGUGUGAACAAAAAGGUAGAACCCAUGGCGGAGGGUUCAGAAGCGGGUAUGAACAGGGGGAAUGUGCCCACUUAAAAAGAAGAAGCACUGUGUGGGGUGCAGAACGGGGUGCGGUACAGCGGAGUGAUCCUUCCAGUGAGAGCAAACGCAUAACUGCGAAGGAGUACAGCGGUUGUGUGGGCCCCGAGGGGUGCAGUGCACCAAUCAGGGAUGCAACUCCCACGGAUGAGGAACUCACUUUAGAAGAAUACGUAACCUACGACUAUGCAACAUACCAAGAAAAUUUCAUCAACAGAUAUGGGUGCAGUUCAGGAGGGUUGGAAGACCUAACAGGGGAAGAGGGGGCUUCAACAGGAAGUGCUUCCAACCGAAGUGAUGACUUGCGUGUGGUAGCCGAUGAGGGUGUAAAGAUGUAUGUCCCUGAGCUGACGCGAAACAUUAACAAGCAUUGCAGCCAGUUGAUACAACUCCAAAGGAAAAUAACUCAGAGCAUAAAUCAUAUGCAGCAAUGGGACAACAAUCGACUCCUCUUGUUUCACAAAUUCAAUGCUCUGGUGAGUGCCUACAUGGAGCCACACAGUGUCGUCGUUAACAUAGCAGACUUGGACCACCUCACUAACUCUAUUCAAGGAAAGAAGUGCCCCGAUAGGACCAGAACGAUCGGAAGCAAAAACAAAAAAGUGGACCUCAUGCAUAAUACUAUGUUCAACGUGCAAAUCGAUUUUGAAAGAGACAAAGAAAAUGUGACUAAUAAAUUGUGUGGACGUGAAGGGGGAGUCAACAAAGUGAAUGCGUUUCAGGGCAAGGGAUGUUACUCUGCAGGAGGGGGCACGUCAACCCUAAACCCUGGACACCCCAUGCACCACAGCAAGGAGGUAGAGGAAGAACCACUUGACGAUGUGAACUACGAAAAUGUGUUGAGCGAAAAAGUAAAUAUUAAUGAGUUCUUCUUACUGAAUGACCCACUAUUGUAUAAUAGAGUCUGCCAUGUGUAUAGGAACGGGGUGAACCUUUUCCAUGUAGAACAACUACGGGCUGUGUUUUGGUUGUGGCUUCAGUCAAUCUUUCCGGACGAUGCUGCGGGGGAGGCAGAGGCGGAGGAGAGCGACGAUGCGUCUGCCCCUGUUGACUUUUUUGACCUGAAUAACCACAAGUUCUUUUACGACAGCAUCGUGGCGCCUGCCGAGCGGGAGAACUUCUCCAUCCAUGUGUUAAGUGACCUGAACAAUUUCGAACAGAACUUCAAACUGGUUAAGGAGUACCUCCGGGACAAGGGAUGCACAAUCGGGUACAACAAGGUGACAUCCAAGGUGGGAGGGAAGUCAUCGGAUCACACAACCAAGAUGAGCAGAAUGAUCAAAUAUGUGAACGACCUGCAUGAGGAAUUCGUGGCCUACUGCAACUAUAAAAAGAAGGCAAAGGAGGUGAGCGAGGAAAUGUUCGUUGAUUUCCUUGAGACAAAGAAAAAAAGUAUGAUCAUCACUUCCAGUGUCGAGAAGGAGGACUACACCAACUUGGCCAGCAUCGUCAACAGGCACCUCAUCGGCAUAGAUAAAAUCCUAAGGUAUAACCCCAUUUUAAAUUUCACCAACGUGGUCGAGGGAAUUAAAAGCCAGAGUUUCAUUCGGACAGAAGUGGAUGUCUCUCGGCUGGACUCCCAAGAUUGGCAUGACAUGUACACCUUCCACAGAAGAAAAAGAGGGGGGCACCAUAGUCCCCCCGGAGAGGUCACCACGACUAGAACUGAGAACGUUCCCCCCACCAACCAUGUAAUAAACUUGCUUACCAAUUCAAAGUAUGAAAUAAAUACAAAGCCAAAGACAUACGCAUCUACCAUUUUUAACUACUCUGAUCAGUUCAUAUCGAACAACGACAUUUAUUCCUUCUCCGACAAUGUUAGCAAAUCGGGGAAGGAGUUUGCUGCGUUUGUGAAGGGGAAGAGGGACAAGUGCAGGCACAACUUCCAUCACGUCUUGCGCAAGGUGGAGCGCUACAUGAGUUGCGUCGCGUACAACCUCUAG